UAGUGCCUCGCGAGUGGCGGGCAUGAUAGCAAAAUCAGGAGGGUCGCACGCGGGUUCAAGUUGUCUGGGUUGGGGUUGCUCUGUUGUGCAAGGGGGCUCUACGAGGUGGCCCGGUCACCGCCUUGUCGGCGCGUGCAAUGGCGCUUCUCCGGGGCGUGUGGGGCGUGCUGAGCGGCCUGAGCAAGUCCGGAGCGGACCUGUGCGCGAGCUGUGGAAGUCGGCUGCGCUCUCCCUUCAGUUUUGCGUAUAUGCCGAGGUGGUUUUCGUCCGCCUUGGGUAGUUAUCCAAAGAAGCCUAUGACUUCAUACGUUCGAUUUUCUAAAGAACAGCUACCCAUAUUUAAAGCUCAGAACCCAGAUGCGAAAAACUCAGAACUAAUUAAAAAAAUCGCCCAGGUAUGGAGGGAACUUCCUGAUUCAGAGAAAAAAAUAUAUGAAGAUGCUUACAGGGCAGACUGGCAGGCAUACAAAGAAGAGAUAAACAGACUUCAAGAACAGCUAACUCCAAGUCAGAUGGUAUCUUUGGAAAAAGAAAUCACACAAAAACGUUUAAAAAAGAAAGCAUUAAUAAAAAAGAGAGAGUUAACAAUGCUUGGAAAACCAAAAAGACCUCGCUCAGCUUAUAACAUUUUUAUAUCUGAAUGCUUCCAGGAAGCUAAGGAUGGUCCAUCACAGGUAAAACUGAAGACUGUAAAUGAAAACUGGAAAAAUCUCUCUAGUUCUCAAAAGCAAGUAUAUAUUCAACUUGCUAAUGAUGACAAAAUUCGUUAUUAUAAUGAAAUGAAAUCUUGGGAAGAACAAAUGAUUGAAGUUGGACGAAAUGAUCUUAUACGUCGCAAAGUGAAGCACCAAGCAAAAGAUGGCACUGAGGAGUGUUAAAAUAGAAGAUUGAGUUAUGUUCACAGUGGAUAGACAUGAGAAACCAAUUAGGUCUCAAUACGUGAAGGUGUUGUAAAGUUAGAAAGGAUAAAGUUGGUAAACAUUUUAUAUUUUAAUUUCUUUUUCUUUAGCCCAUGGACUUCUGCCAGUUCAAUACAUUUUGUAUUAGUAUCUUGCUUUGGGAAACCCAGACAGGUGAAAGUUCAUGUGAAAUUUAUAUUGUGUUUAGGAACUACUGAGCAUCAAAAUAGUACAUGAAAUGUAGCUGUGAAUUAUUUUACCUUUGAUAAAGGCACACCAGACUGUUAAGUUUUUUUAUACUUGAUGACUAUGGAAAGAGUGUUCUUGUUUCCUUAUAUUAUGGAGGCAGGAGUUUCCUAUUCAAAAGUACCCGAAUUGUAGAAGCUGUAGUGUUCUACGAUAUAACUGUGCAUUUUUUAAAGAGCGCUCAGAACUCAUCUAGGUAAAUUCCAAUUCCUAGGUAUAACUCAUAUGUUCACAGUGGAUGGUUGUGCAUGCAAAGGAUUGCCGGUUUCAGUUGCAACUUUUUAUAAAAGCGAUGGAGAGGUUUAUAAACCUAUUUCUCAUUGUUUUUUUUCCUAAAGUGAAAACUAAGAAAUUAUGUACCGAAUCUAUGCAUAUUGUUUUAUAUUGCAUAGAAUAGAAAUUUAAAAUGUUGCCUAAUUAUAUGUUGUAAGGUGAAACAUUCAUUUUACAACUUUUCUUUUUUCACGUAAGGAUUUGUAUUCUGAAUUAUUUUCUCUCUCUCCUGUGAGUAUAUUUGUCCAGAAAGUAGAGAACUUGUCUCUUUUAAAAUGAGAGAUCUAAAAAGCAAAAGUCUCCAAAGCCUCUGGACUUGGAAUCUGUAAUUUUUAAACAUUUUGCAUAAUAGAUAAAAGCCUGUGUAAGGGACCGCCAACUCUGGCCCAUGGGCCAAAUCCAGCCACUACCUGCUUUUCAUGGCCUGUGAGCUAAGAAUUGUGUCUAUGAUUUUAAAGGGUUAAAAAAAAAAAGGAUAUUUUAAGACACAUGAAAAUGAAUAUGAAAUUCUGUGUGCAUAAAUAAAGUUUUAUUGGAACACAGCCAUACUCAUUCUUUUACUUAUUGUUUAUGGCUGCUUUUGUGCUACAAUGGCACAGUUGAGUUAUUGCUGCAGAGAGUGUAGCCUGCAAAGCUGAAAAUGUUUGCUAUCUGACCCUUUGCAGAAAAAGUUCACCAACCAUGGUCUACAGUACAGUGUAGCAUAACUAGUGUUCCAACAUACUCAUGUGUUGGGAUAGUUUUUUAACUGUUUUAGAGUUUGUUAUUUUAGAAUCUUUGUCACCCUUGUCUUAAGAGGAAAGAGGUCAAAUCACUAAAGAAGCUAAACAAACUUGCUACACAGUGUUAGCAAGGAAAAACAAUCUUUAGUUUCAAAUUACGUGGCAGUGUAAUAAAAAAGAUUCAUAUAGUGUGGAAUGAGAUCUCUUAAAUUAUUCGCUAUGGCUGGGUAAAAUGAACCUUAAGAGUUUUCCACUUAGCGCAUUUCACAAAAACCUUACCAUCUUUUAGCAUUUGAUUAUCCUCUUAGGAGAGUCAAGCAAAGGUUUUCAAAACCCACACUACAUUUUUGAGCAAAAUAAUUUCUCUUUCAUCAUCAGUUCCUGGGAAUAGGAUAGUUCAAAAUUUAUAUGUACUUUGUAUUAUGCAAAAUAUUUAGAAAUUGUAGAUUCCAGAUCUCCAGAAAAACUGAAAGUUUUUCUUGUCUGUGGUUAGAAAAUAAGUAAAAAGUCACAAAAAAAAUAACUUGUUAUAUUCUGAACUUGGCUAAGGUAGGGACUGAAGAGAAAAAUAUAACUUAAGAGGAAGAAUAAGAUUUAAAUAUAUAAAGUUGGGUGUUUUCAAACAACUUUCUCCUGUGGUUAUGAAUACAGGACAAAGUCUGCCGAUAGUAAAAUAAAUAUAUGGAUCUGAGGCUGGACUAUUUUGAGGAAGAGGGUUUGGGGAAGACGUGUGCUAGAGUCUAUCACAGUCUUGGGUUUCCAGGUGAGAAAUAAGUGGUAAUUCCCUGUGGCAUCUAGAAUGGUACUGAUUAUGUACCAUCCUUGAGAGAAUGGAGAAUGUCAUCACUCAAAUCAUUUACUGUGUACUGUGCUUCAGAGGAGCCCAGGGAGCACAUGGGAGUCAGUGUUUAUAAUGAAUAUUAUAGAAUAGAAUGAGUAAGGUAGAGAAAUGAGUUAUGUAAAUAAAUAACCUGCAGGACAAAUGUAGUAUAAAACCCAUCUUUGCAAUUACCGUCUUCUGAGUUCUUUUAGCAUUUCACUACCUAGUUUAUACUGUGCACCUUCAAGUCAUAUCUUCCCAAGUAUUUUGGAAAGUUGAGUGUCUAGUAAGUUCUCAAGUAUUUACAACUUAAUAUAGGGGAAACAAGUGAAACAGAAAAGAGCUGGAGCAAAACCAUUUUAUGGUAAUAUCAAAUUUUAUUUGGUUUUCUUUGUUUCUAAAAGAAUGUCAUUGUUAAUACUUUAAAUAUUAGGAUAAUCUGGUUCCAUGCCUUUCUUAAUAAACCUCAGUCCAUCUUGAAGACUGGUAUGCUGGAUAACAAAUGCCAUCCAGUUUAGCAAUAUUUAACACAGAUUUUCUUUUAUAAAGAAUAAGAACUUGUAUCAUUAACCAGUGGCAACUCAUAUAAAGCCUUACUUUUUAGACUUAUUUUAAGUUGACCCAAUGAAGUAAUUGCUGUAGGAGCUAAAGAAGAGUGCUAGAAGGAAAGAUGCUGAAGGAAUGAAACAAAAUAGUAUUUAUGCUGUUCUGAUCAGUUAGUCAUGAAAAGACUUUUAUACUUUUGUUGAUCGGAAUACCAGUAUUAGAUUUUUUGAAAUAAUUUGAUGACAGGACAGAGGGUUGUGUGAUUAUUUUACUUUCUAAUGUUUACCUAAAGGAAAUUGCGUGCAAAUUUCAGCCUACUGUAAUCAUGUAAUUUUGCUAUGACUUUUGGCUCUUUUUUUGGAAAUGCCAUUUUUUUUACAAGGCAUUUUUUUUUACAGUUGCUCUGAAUGUGUAUAUUUGAAUUUCUCAAUUAAAAUGAUAUUGCUGUAAGUGGGUUUAAAGUAACUAGAAAAUUUUAUUUUUUCUUGACAUUUACUGUACCUAAAAUUAAUCACCACCAGGUUGUGCUAAAGCAGCAAGAAGUUUUUAUGUGGUUAUGAUCGUAUCCAUUAUUUUUCUUAAUUUUGUCAAUAUUUAUUGUAAGAAUUUUUUCUCCUUUCUUUCCUCUCCUCACAGCCACUCUUCCUUCUUCUCUUCAUAGCACCAUACUCUUACAGACAAAUUUGAAAAUGUUGUAAGCAAAGACCUAUGUUAUGUUUCUUGAAAUUUUAAAGCAGUAAUAGUCUUUUAAAUUGAACCUGUGGAAAGCAUAAGAAAAUGAACAUAUUUAUUACUUUGAAUUUGUAAAACUUUCCAAACAGAAAGUAAAACUAUACAAAGCUAGUAUCAUCAGUCUCUCACAUUGUUCACAAAUAAAGUACUUUUGGUAAUUCAUUAAA